AUGUUCCACGGGGGCGGAAGCGGUGGGUACGGCGGCAGUUCCGACUACCAGCAACAGUCCCAGCAGCAGCAACAACAACAGCAACACGGCCAGCAACUUCAAGCGCCCGUCUACGUGCCCUCUUCGAGGCCGAGCAUUCCAUCCGCAGCGACGGCGGCUGCGGCCGCGGCCGCAGCCGCCCAGUACCAUUCCUUUCCUGGCUCUGGCUCGCCCGCCUGGGACAAGACGGCAGCAGCGGCUUCCUGGCAGCAUGGAGUGGAGACGUACGCGGCUCAUCACGCGCUCGCCGGACACGCGAGCGGAUCUGCGUCCGCUGCGGCCGCCGCCGCAGCCGCCGCCGCCGCCGCAGCGAUGGGGCCGCACUCCGGUCACGGGCAUCCGCACGCGGCGCACCCGCAUACCGGUCAUCCCCAUUCGAGCCUCGCCGCGGCCGCCCCGUUUUACGCGCAAAACGUCGCCAUGAUGUCUUCCUGGCGUGCAUACGACGGAGCUGGAUUCCAACGAGCAUCACCAUACGACACCGCGAUGGACUUCCAAUUCGGCGAGGGUCGCGAGUGCGUUAAUUGUGGCGCCAUUUCGACGCCGCUUUGGAGAAGGGACGGGACCGGGCAUUACCUGUGCAACGCGUGCGGCCUCUAUCAUAAGAUGAAUGGAAUGAACAGACCGUUGAUCAAGCCCUCGAAACGACUGACAGCGACCAGACGGUUGGGACUGUGCUGCACGAAUUGCGGGACCAGAACCACCACUCUGUGGAGGCGCAACAUCGAGGGUGAGCCGGUCUGCAACGCUUGCGGUCUUUACUUCAAGCUUCACGGGGUGAACAGACCGUUGGCUAUGCGUAAGGACGGUAUACAGACGAGAAAACGAAAGCCGAAAAAAACGCCGGAACCAAACGCCAGACCGUCCGCCGGAGAACACGAAACCUCUACAGUUUCGAUCGCAUCCUCUCCAUCCACGGAAUUGAAGGUCAACCAACAGCAACAGCAGCAGCAACAACAACAACAGCAGCAGCAGCAGCAACACCAGCAACAACAACGUCAGCAACAACAUCAAAUCGACGCAGCAAAAUCAUCCAGCGGCGCAGCAUCGAGCUCGACGGACAGACCAGUGUACCUCGGUCACACGUCACUUCUAGCAACCGGAAGCCUCGCCACCGUCAAAACGGAACCUCGAAGUUGCGACGGUAUCGUCGGCCAGCCGUAUUCCUCGUACUAUCAGCAUCCACAUCAACUAGGCGUGUCCACCAGCGAGCAUCAGCAACAAACGUAUUACGGGAGCCAAGAGGCGCCUUACCAUCAUCAGCAUCACGUCACCGCGGCUGCCAAGUUGCUAGCUUCCUCGUAACUCCGACUACUCUACUGUCUCCGCGACGAUAGAACACA